CAUGUACUUCUCCGAGGCAUUCUCGCAUCGCAGAGCACAAACUAUCUGCGUCUCUUGCUCUUUUCUCCCUCUCCCUUUCUUUUUCCCUCUUCUUCUCCUGCGUAUUUCUUCGGGCUUCCUUUGUUUUUGCUUCUGUUAUAAUUUCUUCUUUCCCAAUCAACAGUUCACGUUCGAAAACGCAUCCUCUGGACCAAGAACCGGUCUCCCCUAACACGUCCUGGUACGUUUUCUCUCUUUCUUUCUUCUCCCUAUCUUCGCUCCCACUCUCUUCUUCUCUCCCCGUCAACGUUCACACCCACCCCUGCACCAAAUUCUGCUGCCCUUCUCUAUCUCUCUCUCUGCUCCCUUUGCCACCCCCCUCAACUUCGCCUCUCCGCCUGCUUCCCUUUCUCUUCUUUACGCUUUCGAUCUUCGUGGAUUCUACUCAAUUUCCGCCCCUCACCUGCUUCUGUUUCGGUACUAUUUACUUGCAUUCGAUUCUUCUUCUUCUGACAUUGCCAUUCUUCCCCUUCUUAGGUUUCAUUUUGGUAAUGUUAGUCUGCGUUGCCAGACCUCAUGACUUGAAGCAAGAGAUAUUGCCUGGAUAGUGUCCGUCAGAGAUUUUGUCGUGCCUCAUAAAUUGGCAGAACAGAGGCGUCAUUUGGAUUUUGCUGCUGAGAGGUUAGGAGUGUGCGUCUUCUCCAGAUGCAAAGUAUUGGAAGGACCAGAACUCAGUCUAGGCCCAGUAGAUCUGUGAAUUUAGGAGGCAUGGACUACGCAGAUCCCAAAAGGAAGAGAAACUUCGUGGGAAAGGUUGCUUUGGCCGCUAUCUUGACGACUGUGUGCAUACUUGUUCUCAAGAAAUCCUCAUUCAACUACACAUCCCCGUUCUCAUUACGUGAACAAGGAGUUACUCAUGUUCUUGUCACCGGUGGAGCUGGCUAUAUCGGUUCACAUGCUACAUUACGUCUUCUGAAAGAUGGUUACAGGGUGACCAUUGUUGACAACCUUUCUCGUGGGAACAUUGGUGCAGUUAAAAUCCUACAAGAACUGUUCCCAGAGCCUGGGAGGCUUCAAUUUAUAUAUGCCGACUUGGGAGAUGCCAAAGCGGUUAACAAAAUAUUUUCAGAGAAUGCUUUUGAUGCAGUGAUGCAUUUUGCAGCUGUUGCAUAUGUUGGGGAAAGUACAAUGUAUCCUCUUAAGUAUUACCAUAAUAUUACAUCAAAUACCUUGGUGGUGUUGGAGUCGAUGGCCAGGCAUGAUGUGAGGACUCUGAUAUACUCUAGCACAUGUGCAACCUAUGGGGAACCUGAAAAGAUGCCUAUAACUGAAGAAACAACACAGGUCCCCAUCAAUCCAUAUGGAAAAGCCAAAAAGAUGGCAGAAGACAUGAUCCUUGAUUUUUCUAAGACAUCAGACAUGGCAGUUAUGAUUUUGAGAUACUUCAAUGUAAUUGGGUCAGACCCAGAAGGCAGAUUAGGGGAGUCUCCACCGCCUGAGCUGCGUGAGCAUGGAAGGAUUUCUGGUGCUUGUUUCGAUGCAGCCCGCGGAAUCAUGCCAGGGUUGAAGUUCCAUUCACAGGUUAAAGGAACAGACUACAAGACACAUGAUGGGACAUGUAUAAGAGAUUACAUUGAUGUAACUGAUCUUGUGGAUGCUCAUGUGAAGGCUCUGGAAAAGGCCGAACCCGGUAAAGUUGGAAUCUACAAUGUCGGCACAGGGAAAGGUAGAUCAGUGAAAGAGUUUGUGGAGGCCUGUAAGAGGGCAACUGGAGUUGCCAUCAAGGUUGAUUAUUUGCCACGCAGGCCUGGGGACUAUGCUGAGGUGUACAGUGACCCUACUAAGAUCAGGAAUGAACUGAACUGGACGGCACGUUACACUGACCUGCAAGAGAGUUUGCAGGUUGCAUGGAGAUGGCAGAAGGCUCACCGAGAUGGGUAUGGGACCCCUUCAGUGAUGGCUUCUUGAAGCACUCCCACUCGGUCGAGCAGCACUUGCAAUACAAUGGGUAGCACUAGCAACAUUUAACUUCAAAGAGAGAACCCUCUCCUCCAUACCACAGCACCAACCUGGGUUGCAAUGCUGUUUAUUCGUCAUUUCUCUUAGAGCAGAGGAGGGGUUCUCUCUCAAUUGGAAGGAGAGGCUUUUUUAUUCCUAUAAUUUUUUCCUAAAUAUUUUUUUAUACUUGGUGUCAUGCGAUUUACAUAUAGAGAGGGGGAGAUGUAGGAGUUGCCGAUUCAUUACUUGUACGGGAACAGGUAAUAGUCUAAUAAUACGAUGAUGAUGCUUAUGUAUCCUCAGGCUCAUCCAAUAUAAUAGGGCUUCUACAGUUCAUUCUACCUCCAUCUUCUCCUUGUUUAUUCACAAACAGAAAUGGCAGUGAUGACAAUGGGUACAGGGACGUAGAUAUAAACUAUUUGUUGUCCUAAAUGCGUGAUUCUAUGUAGAAGCGUAAAGACGUUAGCUCUUAAGCUGUAAUGCGUAGAUUGUG